GCAUUUGUCUCUUUCCCACUCAUACUCAUUCAAUUCAAGUUAUUCUCGUUGGUUUGUAGUAGUGGCUGGUUGUGUCCUCAAUUUCGCCGGAAAAUUUAAUUUCACGCGUAGACUCUGUCAUAAAUAAACUUUUAUGUGUUAUUGAUAGUUUGCGUGGAUAGCAAGUGUAAUCAGUGAAUUAUUGUUCAAAACACACAGGUGUUUUUUUUAAUUAACGGCAUAUGCAAGAUGUUAGCGGGCAGCUGAGUGGACCGACGCUAGAAAUCUGCCAACAUGAAGCAAAUCGACAAUAAGAACUUGAAUACGCUAAAAUGCGUGCUCUUCUGUUUUCUAGCAGGAGUGGGCUGCAUAUUCCCGUUCCUGCCCCUGCACAUGACGGAGGCCGGCGCAGGCCUAAGCCGCGGCGAGGCGCGCCUGAUCUCCGCCGUGGCGCCCUGUGUCGCGCUACUUGGACCCGCCAUUCUGGGACACCUCAUUGAUAAACUAUCCAUUGGCCGCGGUUCGACAAGCGGCGGAGGACCCAGCGGCUCCGGUCGCUUGCUGCGCGUUGUCACCGCCAUCUGCCUCAUCCUUGGCGCCAUCUUCUACACCCUGCUGCUGGCCGUGCCGUACACCAACCGCGGCAAUGCUCCCCGGCCGAUCGUGUGGUUCUCCUGCGACGAGAACGGCGCGUACGUGACGCAAGACAAGUGCUCUGAGGGCACUACGGAGGUGCCACUACGUUUCCUACAACGAGCAUUAAAGAGAAAUUCGAGGGGUGUACUAGCCCUAGGUCUGUGCGAGUACGGAUGCGGCGACGCAAACAUGACGUGGGUGCGCACCGUGUACCCCACCACCCCCGCGCCGCUCAACAUACCCAACAUGUGGAACAAAUACUUCAACUUCACUGUAAGUGCAUGGCGCUUCAGACGACGACGAUUACGACAUCCAAGAGCACCCCCCGCACCUUGCAUCGACGGGCAAUGCCACGUGUACAUGCACUACAAGUCGCGCAUGCUCGUCCCCAUGGCCAUCCAGCCCUACGACCAACUAUACGACGACAACAGCACCAAGUACUGCUCCUACCGUGUCGGAGGCGCAAGCUGCUCAGUUCCUCCGGGCCGGGUACCUGACAGUGAGGACUGUAUUCCCACCGUCCGCUGCCAAGUCCUAGAUCCUUAUGAUGAGAAGGACUCCGUCAUGGGCCACGCGGAGUGCAAGGUGUACACGGGAGACCCUACCGCCACCUUCUGGAGCUACUUUGUUAUAAGGAUCCUGUCCGACAUCUGGCCCACGGCAGCGCUAGCGCUGCUCGGCACAGCCUGCGUCAUCGCCACGCGCGAGACCUCCAUCGGACGCGGUGACGUCGGCCGCCAACUCGCCGUCGGGACCAUUGGACUGGCGAUCUUCCCGCCUAUUGCCGGAGUAGCUUCCGAUGCGAUGCCUGAGAACCCGUUCCUUGUGCCGUUCCUGAUGCACGCUGUCUUUAUGCUGAUUGGUGCCGCCAUAUUACUCUUGGACAGUCAUAUGCCGCUGUCGACGCCGGAAUGGUGGUGGCACACUUCAACAGGCAUGCUGGCGCUGCCCAUGAACGCCGUGCGGCGGUACGGCGCAGAGACCGCCGCCAUCUUCGCUGUGGUCACUCUGCUCGGCGUGCUGUGGAGCGGCAUCGACUCCUACCUGCCGUGGACGGUGAAGGACCUGAACGGCACGGAGACCGAGAUGGGUCUGACGGUGACCAUCGGCGCCCUACCCGCCAUCCCCGCGCUCUGGUGGGCGGAAGCUCUUGUUGACUACGUGGGCCACUCCAACAUCUUCAUCACUGCCUUCACCUUCUACUGCCUCCGAUACACUGGUCUAGCCUACAGUACCGACUACACCUGGAUAGCGGUGAUCGAAGCCCUGGAAGUGUUCACCAUGAGCCUGGUGUGGGUGACAGCGGUGCUGUACUUCCGGCACCUCGUCCCGAGGAAGUACACCGCCACCGGCCAGGCGCUGCCCGUCAUCGCGCACUUCUGCAUCGGGCGCUGCAUCGGAGCGAUAGUGGGCGGCUUGGUGACGAUGUCAGCGCCGCUGGAGAGCGCUCGCUCGCUGUACCGCGCGCUCGGCGUGGCGGCGCUGCUGGCGGCCGCCGUGUACCUGGCGCUCUACCACCUGCUGCUCGCCCCGCGCUGCGCCGCCCCGCAGGCGCCGCCGCCCACGCACCUGCUGCAAGGCCUGAACACUAACGGGGGGUCGAACGGUACCUACUCGCCAACGCGGGUCUACCACGAGGAGCGCUCCAGAAAGGGACACUUCCGCUACUAAACAUCACCCUUCAGGAUUAUAUGCGAACUCUUUCACUGCCAACGUUACAAUCGAAUAUGUCAAGGGCAAUGGCGGGCAAACUAUUUCAUUGCGGGCCUAAAUUUUAAGGAAUUUUAAAGGGCAUUAAAAUGCAUUUUUGCAACAGUACUGGCCAUGUCACAUGGCCAUUUUGAAGGGUAGGAGGGCCGGAUAAAUCCUUUCGCAGGCCGUAGGUACUUUGCCCACCACUGGUCUAGCCUGUGGCUUGCAAAGCCCUGCGACGGAGUAUAUAACAUUUGCUAUACGAUCAAUUUUGAGUUGAUAUCUAACGUUUUUUGCACCACAUGUGACAGGUGACAGCCUAAACUCCGAAUUGUCCGUUGUCAUUUUGUGUGUAUUGUAUAGACCUACGUAACAUUAGUUAAGUUCUAGUCUAGUGGAACUGCCUUUUAAAUGUACAGUCAAGGUAUUAAAUAUAUGUAGAUGUUAGUAAAGUUCUAAAAUAUGUAUAAGUACAAGACUUUAUUGCUUAUACAUCAAGGUUGUGGAUACAUAGUUUUGGCCCUUUAUCCGCAUCUAUAUUAAAUAUGAUACCUUGACCAGUCAGCUACAGAGAUAAGUGGCACCCCCUGCAGACAUUUAUUAGCAGAGGGGAUCAACCAUCCCUGCAGCAGAAGAUGAAUAUUAAGGUCAAUUGGUAAAGUCUCAAAUAAGAUCUGAACUGUGCCUAUGUAGAUAUACUACGUGACAAUUUCAAGUUUAAAAUUGGUAUCACAAACAUAGUUGUAAGUUCGAUGAAGAUAAAUGUUGUAAUAAUGGGUACACAAUUGUGAUAUUUUAAGUGCUUUUUUUUUACUAAUAGAAUCAAGUGUUUUAAUCAAUUAAUAUUUAUUUAACAGUUUGACUGUUACUACUUAUUAAUAUUGUUUGCAUUUGUACCUAGUUAUUUUAGGUAUACAGUUAUGACAAUUUGAAAUAAAAUUAUUUCACAAUCA